ACUUAUCUACUUAAGUUUAACAGUGAGUGAGACCGAGCGACUGCAACAGAGUAACGAUGACGAAAUUCUUCGGUGUGACUUUAUCGUUAUCCUUCAUCAUGGUGCAGCUGAUCGUUACCAGCUCAGCUGUACCUGUGCAAAUCGAGGAGGCACAAGCAGUAAUCAGCACAGGCGGUAAUGAUCUCUCCGGUAGUGGUAAACUCGAUUUAACCGCACGCCAUAAGGUGUUGUUGGAUUUUGAAAAGCAUUUUGCGCAAUUUUCUUAUGAGGCAAUUAAAGUUAUUUUAGCUGACUUGCAAGCUGAUUCAGAGCAUAGUGUUGCGGAUAACAACAAAAUCACUGCUUUGAAAAAAGCUUUGGAUAAAAUUGAAAAUAUAAAUUUAAUCAAUGAGCCGUUAGAUCCACUUGAAGUACGCGCCGCGACCAACAUAAUCGGCGAAUUAAUUUCUCAAACGAAUAUUAAAUUAGUGAGCGAUGUGAAGGAGCAUAGGCAGCUGGCAUUUGAGUUGCAAAGAUUUAAUUUUUUCCUUGGCGAGGCCUUUGAUGAUUUCAUUGCAACACUAACGGCAGAGGAGCGGGUGUUGGACGCUGGCUUGGUGAGUUUACAUCAGCAAUACAACGAAAGUGACGACGAUGAAAAGUGGCAACUUUGGAUUAAGCUGUGGAAUUAUUUUGAGUUAUAAACCCUCUAUAAGUGGAAGUGAGUUUAAUAGUUUUUAAAGUCAAUGUACUUGUAUACUAUGUAUAUUUUAAUUCAAAAUAAA